GCGUCCUGGCGCGCGCGGCCCGGCGCGGCCUGACCGAGAGGCGCCUCCGCCCCGCCGUGCCAGGGGCUCCGCUCGCCCGGGGCUCCCCGCCCGCCGCCGCUCCGCGCUCGGGGCCGCCCGCCCGCCGCCAUGAAGCUCGUCAGGUUUCUAAUGAAGCUGAGCCAUGAGACUGUGACCAUUGAGCUGAAGAAUGGGACGCAGGUGCAUGGAACGAUCACAGGAGUGGAUGUGAGUAUGAACACACACCUGAAAGCAGUGAAAAUGACUCUGAAGAACAGAGAGCCCGUACAGCUGGAGACCCUGAGUAUUCGAGGGAACAACAUCCGCUACUUCAUUCUGCCUGACAGCUUGCCUCUGGAUACUUUGCUAGUGGACGUUGAACCAAAAGUCAAAUCCAAGAAAAGAGAAGCAGUUGCUGGAAGAGGCCGUGGAAGAGGCCGUGGCAGAGGCCGAGGUCGUGGAAGAGGAAGAGGAGGCCCAAGACGAUAACUUCUCAUCAUAUUCUGGGCAAUUUCUGGGCAAUUACCAUAUUCUAGGCAAUUUCAGGUUUAUUUUGUACAGGUCUUGUUUAUGGUAUCCAUUUUUAAUAAACGGAAAUGUGAAAAGGUGUCUUUCCUUUGUUAGCAAAGCCUGGGGAGGGAGGCAGGUGUGUCCUGUUUCUAGGGCUGUCGCAGACUACACACAUCUUGCUUGUCACUGUUGAGAUUUUGCCCACCCCUGGGGGCUGUACAUUUCCUCUUGCUUUUUGCCCCAGAACCAGAGACUUGUGUUGUGCUUUCACAGUGUUUGAAAUGAAUCCCUCUUUUCUAAGGCACUUGCCAUCCUCUAAUGCUUCCAUAGCUAAGCUGCUGUGUUAAGAACCCCUGUCCCGUGUGUCUCUAAUACUGUUCUUCAGAGCAACCUUUUCUAAAGUUCGUAGAUAUAAUUUUAAUGUUUUCUAUUACAUGAAGCUUGCAAUUUAAACAAUGUUGCUUUCUUUAUAAAACAUUUGCACAGGGAAAUUAACCAGGUCCAUGGAACUGCUGGAUUGUUACAUCUGAUGAUUAAAGAAUACCUGGAUAUGAA